ACUCAGAUGAUGACCACAUGAGACGGCACACACUGGAGCUGGAGCUGGAGUCAGAUCAUCCCCCUAAUCCCCACCUCUCUCCUGGUCGCGCGCGUGGCGUCUCGUGUGCUACAGCCCCGCGGCCGCUGCAGGGCGCAGCUCCGUCACUGUGCUGGAGGCAGGAGCUGACCGGGCUGACCAUCUCCAUCCUCCGCAGCCCCCCUGUCAUCCUGCCCCGUCGGACCGGGCGGCGGACGCGCGGAUCGGCGCACGGACCGAAGCAGACAGCUGAUCUUCUCCAAAAGCCAGGAGGAGUGUGUGCCACUGUUUGACGUUGCCUCUCCCUCCUGGCUGGGUUCCAGAGCACCACAGCAUGUGAAUGGCGGCAGGAAGAGGCAGAGUCUUGGCGGAGGAGCAGGAGGAGCUGCCUGCCUACAUGGCCGUGGCGCACGCCAGGGGCCAGAGCCACAUCCACUUCCAGCCCCUGACGCGCACCGUCCAGUGGCAGGCCACUCUGUCUCACGGCCGGAGCCACAGCCAGAGCCACAGCCACUUCAUCCCGCCCUCGCACGCACAGCCCCGGAGGUUCGGCUGCCGCUUCACGCACGGCCUCUCAGCCAUGACCAAAAGCGAGAAGGGGGCGCAGGGCCCUGCAGAGAGGUUCACAAAGCCCAGCGAGCCCUUGUUUCCCAAAGCCUCCCAGCAGACGGACUUGAGCCAGAAGUUGUCAUUAUGCAGUAAACUCUGUUUCGCCAUCGGAGGGGCACCCAAGGAGGUGGCCGCCAGCGCUACCGCCUUCUUCCUCCAAAUCUACCUGCUCGAUGUGGCUCAGAUCAAUGCCUUCCAGGCCUCCAUGGUGCUGUUCAUAGGUAAAGUCUGGGGGGCCGUGAACGAUCCCAUUGUUGGCUUCUUCAUCACAAAGAGCAGGUGGACCAAGAUUGGCAGGCUCAUGCCGUGGAUGGUGGGUUGCACCCCAUUCCUGGUGGUCUCGUACUUCUACCUCUGGUUCGUUCCGCCUUUCGCCAGCUGCCGGUUCGUCUGGUACCUGGGCUUCUACUGCCUCUACCAGACCCUCAUCACUUGUUUCCACGUGCCUUACUCCGCACUCACCAUGUUCCUGAGCACAGAUCAGAAGGAAAGAGACUCAGCCACCGCCUACCGAAUGACGAUGGAGGUGCUGGGAACUCUUGUGGGCGCUGCCAUCCAGGGCCAGAUUGUGGCCAGUGCUCACACUCGGAAGCACUGUCCCACUCACAACACGUCUGCCAGUUACCUUGGCAACAGCAGUGGGGCAGAGAUCGUCAAGAGCCUGGUGCACUCGCAGGACUACCUGUCACACGCUAAGGAGAUGUACAUGAUCGCUGCCGGGGUGAUUGGGGGAGUGUUCAUCAUCUGCACAGUGGUGAUGUUCCUGGGAGUCAAAGAGCGAGAUGAUCCCUACGCCCCUAAAACAGAGAAGCAAGUCAGUUUCCGGCAGGCCUUCGUCCUGGUGAUGAGGCACGGACCCUAUCUGACUCUGACCGCCUCCUUCCUAUUCAUCACAGUGGCGAUCCAGCUGAUCCAGAGCAACUUCGUCCUGUUCUGCACAUACGCCGCCGACCUGAGGGAUCACUUCCAGAACAUCGUGCUCACGAUCCUGGUCUCCGCGGUGAUCAGCAUACCCUUGUGGCAGUGGUUCCUGGAGCGAUUUGGGAAGAAGACGGCAGCUUUUUGUGGUAUCACGUGGAUCAUGCCCUUCACCAUGAUGCUGGUCUUCAUCCCGGACGUGGCGGUGGCCUACGUGGUGGCCGUCUCCUCUGGGCUCAGCGUGGCCGCGUCGCUGCUGCUGCCGUGGUCCAUGUUGCCAGAUGUGGUGGACGACUUCCGACUGGCCAACCCCCACUCCAAAGGCCACGAAGCCAUCUUCUACUCGUUCUACGUGUUCUUCACCAAGUUCGCCGCCGGCAUCUCCCUGGGAGUGUCCACCCUCUGCCUGGAGUUCGCUGGAUACGACACCGGUGCCUGCAAGCAGCCCCUUCCUGUCGUGUACACCCUGAAGCUGCUCAUCGGUGCCGCCCCAGUGGCCUUCAUCGUCACAGGGUUAUUGAUCCUCCUCCUGUAUCCCAUCAGUGAGGACGUGCGCCGCAGGAAUAAAAUCUGUCUGGAGGAGCUACGGUGUGUAGAAAUCAUUAAUGGACACCUGAGGGAAAAAACCCUAAUCCUUCAGCUUCAGUGAUCUUUGGCUUUGAGCUUGGUUUGCUCCUCACAGACAGUUGUAUAGGACCCUCUGUAACUGUGGAGUACAGCACACGCCUCUAAUGUAUAUGCUGCAGUGGUACGAAGCAGCAGAACAUGUAAAUACCCAAGUACUGAUACCUGCAGCUCCUGAAUACAUUUACAGUAAAUUCGGAGAGUUUUGAGACCCUCUGAAGGCAUUUUGUCACAUUUCACACUGACACUGGUUUAAUUCUUGGCCCGUUUCCUCCUGGCACUACACACAAUACCCCUCGAAGAAAGACAAAAUACGGCUUACCGCAGUGUUUUGCUAAUUUAUUGAUUGUUGUAAGAAGAAAACAACGUGUUCCCAUAAUUACUCAGACCCAUCCAGCCAACUCAGCCGCUCGUCUUCUUGGAAAUAAAUCCGCGAGGCUGGCAUUCCUUUCCAUUGGAGGAGCCUCUCAGCUCCUCUCAGCAGAAACUUGCAAAAUCAACUGGCUCGGAUCGACUUCUCAACGUGGUGUGUGCUCAGGCUGUUUUGGCUUAAAGGAGCUCGACCGCUUCUUUACAAAGUGUGAGAAAUACCUGCAUCAAUGGAUUAUCGCAGCCAUUCGAUUGGACAAAACAGCCCCCGGCCACCGAUUUUGUGUUUUUGUCCCAGUGGAAAACUGCAUGUAGAAUAGUUGUGGGGAAAAAAGAGGGUCUGGAAACUCUGCGCAUUUACUUUCUCACACUCCUAUGAAUGUAGCACAUCACUGACACUGAUGUCUCUCGCAGGAAACAAAGCAUUGGCUCCAGAACAGUGGAGGAUUUGAGUAACGUGUGAGCUGGAUCUUGAAUGGAGUGAAUUCACAAAGCCACGGAUUCCAGCAUUGCAGCUGGAAGUUGUUCUUUAGUGUAUAUUACACUGACAAGUACUUCAAUUGUUAUAACGUAAACAGUUUUUGUUUCAUUUCCACGUGUAUUGUACAGUCUCCUUGGAUAUACAAACAUAUAAGAGUAUCUAAUUUAUAGAGAUGAAUGUAUAUCAUUAUUUUGCUGUGUUUAGCUCUACAACACUUGUUAUUUAUUUAUGAUACGAUUACCAAAAUAUUGAUAUG